CCGACGACCGCGCCGCCGCCGUCACCGUUCGACCUAGGUUCCGUUCCAACCGGAAGCGCAAGGUCAGGUCAGGUCCUGCCCUACCACGUGGGCGGCUCCUCCCGGACCUCUCGCAUCUCCAAGGUGCGGCAACUGCUCCGGGACUUGUUCGACGGCGACAGGGAUCUCUGCCAGAGCGUCAACCCUGACGAGGCCGCGGCGCACGGCAGCGCGGUCCAGGCCGCCAUCCCGAGCGGCGAGGAGGUGGGUGACGAGAAGGUGCAGGUGCAGGUGCGCGACGUGAAGCCGCUGCCCCUUGGUCCGGGGACCGGCGGCGGCACGGUGACCAUGCUGAUCCCGAGGAACACCGCCAUCCCGGCGGCGGAGGAGCGGGCCGUCACCACCUGCUCCGACAACUGGCGUGGUCGUUCUAUCGUGGUGGAAAUUGGGUUUAGUUGUGGAAGCCAGCGGGAUUUGGAAACUCGCGAUGAGCUCUGCUGA